ACCAUAAAACAUGGCUGCGCCCACAGAUCGAUUGUAGUCAGAGGACAAUGUGAAAAGUAAACAUGAAAUGUUUUUGGUGUUUAAGUCGUAUUUCUUGUAUAUUAGUUAUUCUGUCUUAUUCAGAAUGCAUGUUCACUAGUGAUGAGAUAAUUUCUUUUCGUGAACGUGUCCGGGAAAUGUUUCAGUUUGGUUAUGAAGGAUAUUUGAAACAUGCUUACCCUUACGAUGAGUUACAACCUUUGACAUGUGAUGGCGUUGAUACGUGGGGAAGCUACUCGUUAACCUUAAUUGAUGCAUUGGACACUCUCGCUGUGAUGGGCAACUACACAGAAUUCAACCGAGUUGCAAGGCUGCUGGUGGAAACGUUGGAUUUUGAUGAAGACAUCAAUGUGUCCGUGUUUGAAACAAACAUUCGGGUUGUUGGUGGCCUUAUCUCAGCACACCUAAUGUCUCGAGACACUGGAUUCCAAGUGCAUGCAAAUUGGCCGUGUGAGGGCCCACUCCUCAACCUUGCAGAGCAAGCUGCUGAGAAGAUUAUCGCAGCAUUUGAUACAAAAACUCGAAUGCCAUAUGGAACAGUGAACUUAAUGUAUGGAGUACCCAAGGGUGAGACGCCCAUCACCUGCACUGCUGGAGUCGGUACAUCUGUCUCUUAUACACAUCUAGAUACGCUGAGCCGUCUUACAGGCAACCCAAUGUUUGAGGACGUGGCAUUGGAGGCAUUGGAUGCAUUGUGGGAAAGAAAAUCAGAAAUUGGCUUGGUGGGCAAUCAUAUCAAUGUAGAGUCAGGUAAGUGGACAGCACUUGACGCUGGUAUUGGCGCUGGCAUCGACUCUUACUUUGAAUACCUUCUCAAAGGAGGUUUGUUGCUAGGCAACAGUCAUCUGUUGGAGAUGUUUUAUGAAUAUGAAACAAUGAUUGAAAAAUAUAUCAAGAAGGAUGAUUGGUACAUGUGGGUACAGAUGAGUAAAGGUGUUGUAACUGUUCCUGUAUUCCAGUCAUUGGAGGCAUUCUGGCCUGGGUUGCAGAGUAUGAUGGGAAAAAUUGAUGAUGGUAUGAAAUCAUUGCAUAACUACUACCAGGUCUGGCAGCAGUUGGGUUUCCUCCCGGAAUUUUAUAACAUAGUUCAUGGCAAAGUGGUAGAUAAACGUGACGGAUACCCACUUAGGCCAGAACUUGCAGAGAGUAUAAUGUACUUAUACCAAGCAACCAAAGAUCCAUUUUUGCUCCAAAUGGGCAGAGACAUGAUAGAAUCCAUAGAAAAAGUUGCCAAGACCAGGUGUGGCUAUACAUCAAUAAAAGAUGUCCGGAAUCACCAACUAGACAAUCGUAUGGAAUCUUUUUUUCUAUCUGAAACUACAAAAUAUUUAUACCUUUUAUUUGAUCCAGAUAAUAAAAUUCAUGGCACUGGGGGUAAAGGGGAGGUUAUAAAUACAGAUUCCGGAAGCUGCGUUGUAAAUUCUGGCAGUUAUAUCUUCAACACAGAAGCACAUCCUGUGGACAUAGGCGCCCUCGAUUGCUGCAAAAAACAACCCGCACAAGAGGAAAUAGAAUUUGCUUUUAAUGUACUAAGAAACAAUAAAAAACGUUUACAAUUCUUAAAUAAUUAUGUAAACAGUGAUCAGCACACAAGGCGUGACCUCACUAGUACUUUCAAUUGCUCUGCACGUCCGUUUUAUUCUAGAUUAUCAAUUUUAGGUGAAAUGUUUGAGGAAGAGAUUAUCAAACAAGCUAAACUACCAGAAAAUGUAUGUCAAGAUUCUAUAGCAAAACCAUAACCAUUGAGUACAGUAUUAAAACAGUUGUUCUUUUUUUUUUGAAAUGGAUAUUAAAUUAUUGUUAGACUUUAAAAAAUAAACAAAUAAAUUGAGUA